AAUAUUGUAAAAUCGUAGUAGUAUUCCCACUAUUUACAAACAUAGGGAAGAGGAAGGUACACGUUGGAAAUCUUGUAAUCUCUAUAUAGUUUAAUACGAAGGAACUGUUUGAUUGUAAAUUGCGGUACCUAUAGAAAUGAGAGAUUUCGACCCCUCGGCAGAUCAGGGUGCGGUUGCUCCAACAUGCAAGAUAACAACUGCAGAUGGUUCGGAAUCGGAGUACAUGUUUGAUGAAGAUGAAGUUCAAGUGGUCGCCGUUGUGAGUAAUUAGCAUGUUUAUACUGUAUAAAAAGAAAAUAAUCAUUAGAAAUAAAAGACAGGGCUUUCCACCAACCUCGCGAAAAAAUGGGAGUUUUAACGACUUAUAUAUUCAUAGCAAGCGAUGUUUUAAAAAGAAAUUGUUGACAAUAAAAAUAUCAAAUUCCCAGGGCUUUUAUAUGAUCAAUAGUCAGCUUCGUUUAUUUGAUAAAAGUUUUUGUAUGAUACAGAUCGAUAAAUUCGUCGUGUUUGUCUGUUAAAUGCCAUUUGGUAUUGAUAUAUACCCACGUGGAUUUAAUGACGCAAUCGUUUUAAGCACUUUUGUUUAUUUGGGACAAAUACCACUGUCUGAUCAAAAGUACCCAAUCCUUUAUUUGAAAAUACUAAAUCCCCCUUCAAGUACAAAAACUACCGCGGCUUUUAAACGCGCCCAAACUGCGGUGGGGACACGAGGGGGUAUUCUGCUUCAGAAAUUGCCGGUAUUUCUUCUUCCUGACAUUAAGGAAGUUAGUUGUAAACAUAAGAGAGGGACAAGGAAUAUACAUAGUGGAGAAACAUGUUGCAAUUGUACAUUCGUUGUGCGCCAUAUUGUUUAGGAUUUUGUUGAUGUUUGUAAUAACUAGGGCUAGAUUAAGGUGCUAGAAUACUCAAAACCUAUUUGUUACACUUACUAACUUGUAUUGUUUAUCGGGUCUUUUGUUUAUAUUUACAUACACCCAAAUUACCACGUGAUUUCUCAAUCGAUAGAACAUUUUGGCGCAAUAUCAGUAGUGAUGAAGAACGGGAUCGAUUUACUGUCUGACUUCGUGCGUCAGAGCUCCGGAAAUAACCUGAAAUUUCCUAGAAAGGCAAAGGAAUACUUCAAAUGAUCGACAUGCUUUUGCGAUGCUUUUGGCAAAGGAUAAAAUGUGUAAUCAAUGUUUGCUUUCGAUUUUGAAUAAGUUCUUUGUUCUAUAAAUACCAGACUAACGCAUGCGGCAAUAUCGAUAUCUCGCCCACCAAUUUUAUAGCUAGUUAUUCGUACUGGAAGGAUGUUUUAGCAUUAAACUUUUAAUGAAAAGAAAUAUAGACAGGAAUUGGGAUACAUGUGUGUUUCAUUGUUUUCUCUUCAAUUUCUUUAAAAAAAAAAUUUUUUUUACUUUGAGGCCUCAUAAAAACGCAAGUUCUAAAUGGAAACUAUUGAUAAAGCUGUACAAGAUCUGGUUUUAUUGAAAUUAUUAUCAAAAUAAUAGGGUGUCCGGAAAAAAAAUGCGUAUUGAUAUCUUGACAUUCCUAGUAUGCUUGCAGACCAAUUGGAUUGAGCAAGGAAAUCGAUUAUUUUUACAUGUUUUCCAAAUAAAUACAAAAUCAAUGAUCCGAAUUUAAGCAGCGGUUGCUAACACCUUGUUGUCUGGAACAAGCCCGAGUGACAUCUAUUUAUUCUAUAGUGCAGAUUAUUUAUUUUUCAAUGUCCUUGGCUUUCGAGAUGUUGGAAAACCACGAGGACAUCAGACUUCAUCGAAUGAAAGAAAUACCAGACGGAGACGAUUUAAGUCAGAGGAGUACCGAAAGUAACGAGAGCAUAGGAGACGACCGCGCACAAUGGGGCGGAAAAUUAGAAUUUCUUCUGACAUGUGUUGGUUAUGCAGUUGGGUUGGGAAAUGUUUGGAGAUUUCCCUACCUGUGCUACAGAAAUGGAGGAGGUGCUUUUCUUAUCCCUUACACCAUUAUGUUGGCUUUAGUGGGAUUGCCACUGUUUUAUCUGGAAGUGGCUAUUGGACAGUAUGCAAGUCUAGGACCAAUUUCCAUUUGGAGGAUAAACCCUCUUUUCAAAGGAUUGGGAUAUGCCAUGGUUAUUGUGUCCUGGCUGAUCGGAUUGUAUUAUAAUGUCAUCAUCGCCCACGUUUUAUAUUAUCUGGGUGCUUCAUUCACAUCAGAACUGCCCUGGACCUCGUGCAACAACGAGUGGAACACACCCUUCUGCCGAGAGUACGAUUAUAGCAGCAACAAAAUUAUAGGUAACAACACCCAGAAUUCGACUUUAGGAAACUACACUUUGACAGCCAACGUCACUCCACUUCACCACAGCCUUAUCACGACACCCAGCGAGGAAUAUUACAACCGACGCGUCUUGGGUAAAACCUCCAGCUUGAAUGAGAUCGGAUCUGUCCAGCCCUAUCUGGCUCUGACGCUGCUAGCAGCUUGGCUUAUUGUAUACCUGACGCUGCUGAAGGGAAUACAAUCACUUGGCAAGGUUGUGUACUUCACCGCCAUUUUCCCAUACGUCAUGCUCAUCAUUCUGAUGUUCAGGGGAGUCACACUUCCGGGAGCGGCUGACGGCAUAAUAUACUAUCUAAAACCGGACUUUCAAAAGUUGCUGGAACCACGUGUCUGGAGCGAUGCCUGCACUCAGAUUUUCUACUCACUCAGCGCAUGCUCAGGAGGACUGAUUGCCAUGUCCAGUUACAAUAAAUUUAAAAACAACUGUUAUCGUGAUGCUCUUAUUGUUUGCGUAAUCAACUGCGGAACAAGCGUCUUUGCUGGCUUCGUCAUUUUCUCCAUUUUGGGUUUCAUGGCGCAGGAAAAAAACGUACCUGUUUCCGAAGUCGCGCAAGGAGGCCCUGGUUUGGCUUUCAUUGUAUAUCCCGAGGCGUUAUCACGCCUCCCAAUAGCACCCAUGUGGGCUGUUCUCUUCUUCAUCAUGAUGGCUACUCUUGGUUUUGGCUCAGAGUUCUCCAUCAUGGAAUGUGUGUUCAGCGCUCUGACGGAUGUGUUUCCCCAGAUACAACCAAGGAAGGCCAACAUCAUAUUCCGCACCAUUUUUACCGCGUUAUGCUUCUUGUUGGGACUUCCAAUGGUUUGUGAGGGAGGAAUCUAUCUGUUGAACUUGGUGGAUUUCAGCGUGGGCGGUUUUCCUUUGCUUGUUGUCGGACUCUUUGAACUGCUGGCUAUUAGCUGGAUCUACGGAUUUAAUCGAUUUUCUGAUAACAUUUAUGCCAUGCUGGGAACCAAACCAACGAAAUACUGGGAAUUAUGUUGGAAAUAUAUAUCUCUUCUUGUUAUAGGUAUCACUGUCUUAAUGAAUAUAAUUAUGUAUGCUGAACCCGAUCUUGAUGGACAGACAUAUCCCGAGUGGGCAAAAUCUCUCGGCUGGUUAAUAGCAUUGUUUCCAAUCAUCGUCAUUCCCUUAUGGUUUUUAGCCAAAUACUGCACAGAUGGAGGAUGGAAGUUGCUUCGUAAUGGCGUAAAACCACUGCCAUCAUGGGGACCCUCCGAAGCUAACAAAAAGUUUGAAUACAGAGAUAGCGGAGUGACUUACAGAUCAGAUCGCAGCGCUUUUGCCAAACUAAUGAGCAGUAACAUCUCCAACAUGACGACUAACACAACAUUGUCAGAUUUUCCUUUCAGUUCUUCCAACGCACUUGGUAAUCCUGAUACGGUGUAAUUAACGACUGCUGGGAAUAGAUCUAUAUUCAGUGAUGCUAGUAUGUCUAAAAAUGAACUGUUAAGAUCGGAGACAGUAUUGGACUAGAAGUAUUGGCACAACAUAAUCGUGAAACGUAGGGCAGAAAAUACUAAUAUCAAUAGUUUUAUCGCAUUCGCAUCACGGGGAUUCUUUUAACAAUGACAUUCUAGCAUUUUAGAGGGUAGCAAUUUUUCCUGAGACAAAAUGCAAAUGGAGUAUUAGAUGUCUUCAGGAAACAGUUCGUCAGACAUUCCCUCUUCGCACAUAGAACUGGCAAGCUUACCCGAAGCUUACAAUGAACGCUUGGAUAUGUUGCAGUUGAGAGCACAUAGUCGGGGAUGGUUUAGAGUAGGUGGGUAUGGAACAAAAUUCACUUGUUAUGAAGCCGAUACACUUUGUUCAUUGUUUUUGCAGUGGCAAUAUUAAUGUAAGAUAUUCAUGUAUCAUUACGAACAUCUAUCGCCUUAAUUUAUGCUUCAUACAUGCGAUCAUGUCACAUGCAUUAUCACACCAAUGUUCAAUGCAAAGUGGUUUAUUUUUGUGUUUAUAGUCAAUGUAUUGUUAGAUCUCGAAAGUGUUCCAAUAUGAAAACAGAGCAACGUGGCAUCUUGUACUCUUGUUAUGAAUUUAUGACCAAUUGUGUACAUGUAUUUAAGUUAAGAUUGACUCUUUUUUAAUCUUGGACCAUGAUAAGAUUGAAUAUUUUAUAUGAUCUCGUGUACCUCUGUAUGUUUUUUUUUUUUAAAUUUUACUCACUAAUAUAUACUGAUUCUCAAGUAUGUUGAAAACAAAUCUAAAUUAAAUCAAAAUUUUAUUUCGAGACAAUCUUUCUUAGCAUUAAUUUCUAUCACACGAUAUUCUCAUUCGGUUGUUUAUUUUUGCUUUGGAUUCCUGUUGCUUAUAAACUUCUUUGUAUAUUGCAUGUCAACGUUGUUUCUGAAUCUUAAGUCUUUCUAGUCACCGCGUACUCAGGGAAUAUUGAUUUUAAGGUAGUACUGUAAGUCCUUAAAGUUCGAUAACUCUAGCUGUACUUGUGGAUUUUAAUACGAAAAAGUUACAUUUUCGGAUAAUCAAACAUACCCGUAUAAUAGGUAAUGCCUAAAUGAGAUAUGAACGUUACUUGUAUUUCUUUCAGACUGAAAAUACAUGACCCAUAAAGUGGGGGGGGGGGGGGGGGGGGGGGAUCUAGAUCCAUUACUAUAUAAUAUCUUUAUCUUCCUUCUUAGAUACUCUUGUACUUUGCACGAAAACAAAACGAGUUUAAAUGAUAGUCAUUUGUUUGUUUCAAAUUUUGACAGGGAAUUAAGAUAAUUUAGUCAAAAGUCAGUUUGGUUAAAAUUGUUUUAGCUAGAGAGUUAUCGGACAUUAUUGGGUGUCCACUGGCGAGGCAUAUUCAGCAGUGAAUCUUAGCAGCUUUGUAUGUAGACAUGUAUUAGUUUUGUGAAGGCUUUUGCCUUUUAAUGCUUAAACUGUAAUAUUUAUACAAAAGUCACAUUCUAGUUUUUGAAGAAUUUUUUAAAGACUUUUCUUUUGCAAUUAGGAAUGGCCCCCUCAUUUUUUAAUCUUUAAAUAAGAAAAUAUCGUUGUGGAAUGAACUUUGAUUUUUUAUUAUCAACUUCAUAAAAUGAAUGAUAGUCAGUGCUUUUAUCGAGAUAAACAUUACACAAUCCAUUGAAACAGCAUAGGUUUUAUCACCGACAAAACAUAAGGAAAAGUAAAUAUUUGUACAUAUAUUUUUUCCAACUGAGGCAUUUUACACUCAAUUUUUCCGUGAAUAUUGUGUCAGAUAAAGCGAAUCUCAGUUUUACACGUGCUAGCCUCUGUGUGUUCAACUUAAACGUUAGUUUGUUACGUGAUGUAAUUAAUAUGACGUGUUCAACAAACUUGAUAUAUAGUAAUGAUUUAUUUUUGUUGUUGAAAAUGUGAUAGUAAAUGAUUGUUUAUCGUUUUAACAGCAGAAUAUUUAUUUGGGGGUGAUUUUCUUUGCAUAUAAUUUUUGAUUAUUUUUUUUUUUUGCUGUGAAGAUUGUUACAAUGUAAAUGACAUGGUGUCAAAAGUAAAAGUUUGAAACUUAAAAUAAAAACUAAAUACUGAAA